AUCGCUAUGCAACACUAACCACAUCCCUUUUUUCUCUCUCUCUUCCUUCCUCUGUCUGUUUCUCUACCUCUCCUCCCUGUUCUACUCUGUUCAUGCCGGAAGAUGAUGGUGGUGGUGAUGAUGAUGAUGUGACACUGUGGCCAGCCAAUGAUCAGGCAAAAAGGGAGUGGAGGGGGUGGGUUUAGAGGCUGAGCUAAGUUCUGAUCGAUGCUGAGGAGAACGCGGAGGAAGAAGAGGAAGAGAGGGAGGUAGAGGUGGAUGGCCUUGUUCAAGGUGAGGAGUGCCAACGCUGGUUUAAUAAAAGAGGAGAAGAGGAGGAGAAGGAAGAGGAGGAGGGAGAUAGGAAGCUGUCGCCUGUCAGAGAGGGAUCAACCUGCGCUGUCAUGGACAAAUAUCGACCCAAGAGACCAACCACCCUGGCUCUGUUCCCACAGCUGCCACAAGCUGGCACCCAGGACUCCAUCAACAACAACUCUUUAGGCAAGAAGGACAGCUGGAAGGACUCCUGUGCCUCCUCCCCACAUAUUACAGGGGAUCUAACACCACCAAAUAUCCAACCAAAAGCAGAGGACAAAGUUCAGCACACCACGCGCCGUCCGGCCCCUAAACCACCCACAGCCAAGGGAGCAAACAGCAGAGCUAACUCUCAGGCUGCUGCAUACACUGUAGACACGCGAGCUCGCCUGCGGGAAAGGCAGGUGUCAGGGGCCACACACACACAGUCCUCCAGCACACCAAGGAGUCAAAAGAAAGUAGGAAGAGGAGCCCCAGCAAUGAGAGAGAGGAGCCUGGGAGACAUCAGAGGAAAGGAUGGAGUGACAGCAGGGAAGGAUGAUAGAAGAGGAGGAAGACUGUGUGAGCAGUCUAGGGGGAAAGAGAAAGAGAGAAAUGGACAUCAGAAACCAAGAGAAACAAAUGGACUGAAAAGCCGUGGGGCUGAUGGGAAAGGAAAAGUAGGUGUUAAAGAGGUUAACAAAAGAGGGGUAUUGAAGCCCAAUAACAUACUGUCCAACCAGCAAGUUUAUCCUUCCGCCAUGGUGGUCCCACGCACGCCUGUAGCACCAAGAACCGAGGACAAGACCCAAGACCAAGGCCAAAACCAUGACAGGACCCAGGACAACCCCUCUAUCCUCUCCCAGUCCAGCAGCGAGGGGGGGUCAAACAGAAUGUCCCUCAGCUCAGACACAGAAGGCCCCCCACCAGGGCCUCUGCAUCCUUCUCUAUUCCACCGAAUCGACCCCGUCAUCAGCGAAGAAGAGGGGGAGGGAGAUCCUACUCCCUGCGUGAACGUCCAGAUUGGUCUAUCCCCCUGCCUUACAUAUAAAGAAAAAACCGAGAUGGACUGUACCAAGUCAGAGGUGGAAGCAAGGGGAGGAAAAGGUGACUAUAGCACUGAGGUGGAUGGCACCAACUCUGACACUCAGGGAGAUGGUGCGGCUGCUCAGAUUGUACCAAAGAGGGAAGCUAAGGCACUGCUAAACUAUGACUCGGUUAAAUACACUCUGGUGGUGGAUGAACACGCUCAAUUAGAGCUGGUCAGCCUCAAGGACUGUUUGCACAGUUACAAUGAGCACAAUGAUGACAGUGAUGCAGAGACGGUCUAUCAGUCAGCUAAUGAGGAGGAAGAUCCAGAGUAUGAGGAGGAAAGGAAGAGGAGAGAGGAUGCAAGGAAGCAAGACAGAAGGAAAGAGGAGGAAAACAGAAGAAAGAAGGAAGAUGAGACUAAGAUGAGGAGGGAAGAGGAUGUGAAGAGGAGGAGGGAGGAAGAGGUGAAAAGGAGGGGGGAAGUUGUGGCAAGGAUCUGCAAGCAGUCCAAGGUAACUUCAGAGGAAGAAGAGUCAAAUGGAGGAAGGCCAGGAGCUUCCAGAAGUGCUGGGUCAUUUGGUGUGUUCUCCUGUGUUUUGGAUGGAGUAGAGAGACAACAGAGCCACAGAGCUGUCUACAGGUUUGUCCCCCGUCAUGCAGAUGAGCUGUACCUAGAAACAGAUGAUCCAGUGUUAAUGCUGAACCAGUCUGAGGACCUGUGGUGUCAGGGUUACAACAUGAGGACUGGAGCUACUGGCAUCUUCCCUGCCUUCUAUGCAGUCAGAGUGGCUAAAGAUAUUAACCAAGUCCAAAAAGAUGGCUGGAUAGACCAGUUCCUGGUGCAAUUCCUGGGUUCAGUUCAGGUCCCAAUCCACAAAGGCAACGACAUGCUUUGUGCUGCGAUGCAGAAGGUGGCGUGUAACAGGCGGUUAGCGGGUCAGCGUCCUUCAGCCUGUGUGCUGGAGGUUAGUGUAAAGGGAGUGAAGAUCAGUUUGCAAGACCAGUGCCACUCUGCACGUAGGGGGGACCAGUGUUUCCACUUCUUCCAGUUAAAGAACAUCUCGUUCUGUGGCUGUCAUCCAAAACACAGCAAGUAUUUUGGUAUCAUCACCAAACACCCUGACCAACAGCGCUUUGCCUGUCAUGUGAUGAUGUCAGAGACAACAUUACAUCCUCUAGCCGAGUCUGUAGGGAGGGCAUUCCAGCAGUAUUACAAGGAGAACAUUGGCUACUCCUGUCCCACUGAAGACAUCUUCAUUGAGUAACACCUCUCCCCCAUCCACAUUAUGUAUUGAAUAAUCAAUAUGUGCAUGUAAGCUUGGUCUUACACAGCAAACUGGACCACUCAUUUGUCUUUGUCAGAGUACUUGCAUGGUGGAUUUCGGUUUCUUACCUGCAUCCAGUGAUACUGCAAGUUGUUUCUUACUUUAACCAUGUCACAAUUUAAAUACCUCUAUGGAUGGAUUGGAUCACAUGAGAUGUUCCAUAUACCGAGAACAAAUGUGACAUAAACCCUACCUAAAUACAAAUAUGUGAUUCAUAUAUUUGACAUGUAGAUAUUGGAUGUAAAACCAUAUUGACAGCCUUCAGAUUAUGGAGUUAAUUUAAUGACAUCAAUGGGUGAACUGACAUGUAUAAUAAUGUAACAGUGACAGCUUUGGUAAUUGAUUAACCAUGUAAGUAAUGUAUGAACAAAGUUGGUUAGCAUGUGUGAUCAAAGUUAGUUAGCAGCAAUGUUAGCAGCUCACGGAGGUGGUUUAGGCACAGCAGUGCUUAAAGCUACUGUAAAUGCUCAUUGCAGCAUGUGAACAUGUGAACAAUGACAAUGUUUAUCGUGUCAGCAGCUAACAUCAGUUAGACACAAAGGCCAGCUGAGGCUGAUGGGAAUUGUUCAUGAACCAAACUAGAUGAAAAGGCAGCCGUUACAAUUGAUGUGAAUCUCUGUAAAAGUCUAUCUAAUAUAUGUUAAGAUAUUUUAGUCUGUAAAAAAUGUUGGACUUACUGACUGACAUUGACAUCAGGAAAAACCUCACCUGUUGGCUAAUGAUUUGCUGCUUUUCUCUGACAUGUAAUGGAUAGUGAAUAUGUGUGUGUUUAUGGACUGUUGGUCAGACAAGAUAAACAAUUUUAAAACAUCA